AUGAAAAUCUCCGCCCUCCUCUCCAUGGCCGGCCUGGCUGCCGCCAUCCCCGGCACUCGUCACCAGCCUCAUCAUCACCACAAUGGCACUCACCACGCUGUGUCGUACGGCGUCGUUGCCGCUCGCUCCGGCUCGCCCAUUCACUUCCUCCCCAUGACUGCGGCCGACAGCAAGUUCUGGCUCGGUGGUGAAAGUCGCACCUAUUGCCCGACUCUUGUGCCCAACUGUGCUCAGCGCACUAACGAGACUGUGUUGUUUGGUGAGCGUGGACUGGAUGUCAUCGUCCCCGGUGGCCAAGCCCUCUACGUCGAUCGCACCGGCGCCCUCAGCUUCACCCGUCCUCACUCCAGCUACAUUCCCCCCGGUUCCUCCGUCGGACCCUUCAAGGUGCACCCCGGACGUAACUUUGGCACUUGGACGUACAAGGGCCAAGGUGCCUCGGGCUUCAUGGCCUGCCCAGCACCGGCAAGUACCAAUUCGACCAUGGCCAGCGGUCGUCGUCGCCUGAGUCGUCAGCAAGGUGGAAGCGUUUCGGUUCAGCACUCUCGCUGGCAGGUCUUUGCUGCGCUGCGCAACGCCACGGUGCCAACGGGGAAUGUGGAUGAUUGUUUGGGCUUUGAGGCGUUGGCGAUCAAGACCAAUUUGACUUCGGAUGAGUUGGCGUGGGAGUAUAUCUAG